AUGGACCCUGAAUAUCGCAGCUCUUACAAGGCUACUCCUUCUGUCGAUGUGUACAGUUUUGGCGUGGUGAUGCUGGUGGUUCUUAUGGGGCACAAGGCUGUGCUUGUUAUAGAGGACGACCACGCCAAUAUCAAGAGAUGGAUAACCCCUCUGGUGGACUCGGGAGCAGUGACAGAACUCAAGGACCCUCGUUUGGAAGCACCGGAUGAUGUGGUGCUGCGCUGGGCUCGCCUUGCCCUCUCCUGCACUGCCCUGCCUGGGGCCUCCCGUCCCUCCAUGCUCCUAGUGCUGGCCGAGCUGGUUAAGUUAAAGCAGGAGAUGUUCGGGGCGCAGGUGAGCGCGGAGGUUUCUGGCAUCGACACGGAAAUUGGAGUGUUUGCUUCUGAUGGCCCCUUUGACUUCGGUGCUGAGGUGUCCCGUGCGAUGCGGGAGUUUGUUCAGCAGCUCAACGAUCAUUCCAUAUGA